GACCGAGGUCUAUUAAGUUCUUGUGAUGAAUUAGAGAAGUCAAUCUCUAAUGAAAUAGAAAAAAACGGAAUUCUCAGUCAAAAUAUUUUUCUGCUGGGAUUUUCCCAAGGGGCUUCGGUGGCUUUGAGUAUGGCUUUGGUUUCACAGCAUAAAUUAGGCGGAAUUAUUAGUCUGGCGGGAUUUUUGCCUUAUCACAAGGUAUUAUUGAGACACGAAAAGGAAAACAACAAAACUACUCCCAUUCUGAUGCUUCAUGGCGAAGAUGACCAGGUUGUUCCUCGUGCGGUGGGGGAAGAAAGUUACAAAGGUUUAAGAGAAAAUGAUUAUCAAGUGGAGUUUAAAGUUUGCGGAAUGGCCUGGUUUUUUGGGGACGAGACAGUAGAUUUUUUCAAAGAAAUUUUAGAGAAGAAAGGAAUUACACGAAUCACCAGCGCUAGUUCAGAAAGUCGGCCAAUUACAAUCGAAAAAAUAAAUAAUGCUGCUCCUUUUAAUAGGAAAGU